UUCUCGGUGGUAGAGGCCGGGCGGGGCUGCGCAUGCGCGUGACGGGCGGGCGGCAGGAGGCGAGUUGGUAACGGUAGCGCUGGCCUGCAGGGUCUUUGCGGGGGAUUUCAGGGAGCGGUUGCAUCCCGGCUUCUGGGACGCGUCAGAGUAUUAUCCAGCAAUGCAAAUGAACAAACUGAACUACACACAGCUGCAUGGAUGAAUGUCAGAAACAUGACGUUGAAUGUGAGAAGCCAGAUGCAAACGAGGACUCCCUGUACAAUUCUGUGCAUGUAAAGUGACCAGAGACGGGUCCUACUAAGUUGCCCAGGCUGGUUUUGAACUCCUGUGCUCAAGCGAUUCUCCCACCCUGGCCUCCCAAAGUCCUGGGAUUACAGGAGAAGGGAGCGCUGGGUUUGGCCUGAUGAAGAUCAGACCAAAGAUGCCCUUCUUUUGGAAUAUGUUCAGUCCGAAGAAGACACCUCCUCGGAAGUCUGCAUCUCUCUCCAACCUGCAUUCUUUGGACCGCUCAACCCGGGAGUUGGAGCUGGGCUUGGAAUAUGGAUCCCCCACUAUGAACCUGGCAGGGCAGAGCCUGAAGUUUGAAAAUGGCCAGUGGAUAGCAGAGACAGGGGUGAGUGGAGGUGUGGACCGGAGGGAGGUCCAGCGCCUUCGUAGGCGGAACCAGCAGCUGGAGGAAGAGAACAAUCUCUUGCGGCUGAAAGUGGACAUCCUGUUAGACAUGGUGAGGCAGCUCUCAGAGUCCACUGCCAAAUCCCACUUAAUGGAGAAGGAACUGGAUGAACUGAGGAUCAGCCGGAAGAGAAAAUGAAGACCCCAGAGGCAUUUCAUUACGGAGUAGGAUGUGGCUAAGUGCUUUUUUUUUUUUUUUUGGUCAGACUAGCGGAUUUGGUCCUGGGAGAGAGUAUCCUAUAAUGGGACUCACAGGCACUGGCACCCUUGGGUUGGCAAUCGAAGGUGACACGGAAUGGAGAAGACCAAGAUUCCACAUGGGGGCAGUAAUGAGAAGGCGCUUCACAUGCACUGUCUGCGGAUGCCAGUCUGAAAACCAGACUGCGUGGAGGUCUGGGUCUGCUGAUGAGCUUUUGGGCACUCUCCACGCACAUAAGCUUGCAAACACACAUGUCCCAGAAUAGCUGUGUUGGGCCCUGCCCUGUUUGGAGAAGUGGCUGGAGCUCAUUCUCUUACGCCCUUACGUUGGUGUUUGGGGUGUGGCAGCAGUUCUACAGAACUCUACGUUGGGGGUCAUGAAUGAGCGGCUCUCCUGGCUCUUAAAGGCCCUCUCUCUUCCUGCCUUUAAAGAAUCCUCCUCCCUCACACCCAGCCUCCUCUGGCCUCUGCUUCUCAACAGCAAGCACCAGCCUUCCUCAGCAACACUAGGUUUUAUGCUACGUUCCUGUUUGCUCUACUUUUUUAUUAAAUGAUCUGUGACCACA